AUGAAGAGAUCGUGGGUCGCGCCUUUGCGCAGCCUUACACGCCGCAAGGACGAUGACAGUCGCCAGCCAACUACUUUUGAGGCUGAGGAAACGACAGUCGUUGUCGAGAGUGUCACCAUCGAUGACGAGCUCAAGCUUCCGGACCGGGCAUCGUUAAUCAUCGUCCUCUUUGCAAACGUGCUCAUGCAGUGGACAUUCUUCAUCAUCGUGUCAAGCUCUAACGAGUACGCCCAGUAUCUGGGCGGUAGCUCCACAUUCUCCGGUCUUGUCAUUGGAAUCCCCACUGCAGUGUCCGCCUUGACACUUGUACCUCUCAUGCUGGUCGACCGAGGUGGCUACGCCAUUCCACUCAACUUUGCAUGCGGUUGCUUGGUUUUGGGCAACAUUCUCUAUGCCCUGGCGUAUCGCGCCAACUUUCUCUACCUUAUCCUUCUGGGGAGGAUGAUCUGUGGAGGGGGCUUCACAUUCUGGAUGUACGCCAAGCGCUAUUGCUCUGAUCCACGCAUUGUGGGCAUUCGACGUCGAACAACGCUUGCGGGUUGGCAAGUGCUCGGGCAAGGCAUCGGUUUUAGCUUUGGUCCGUUUGCUGGUGGUCUACUGUCGAAGAUUGGGUACGACAACGCAGUCUUUAACGGCUUUACGAGCCCCGGUUGGCUGAUGGCCGCGGCGUGGGCAGCGUUUUGGGUGGUCGUGCGCAUCUACUUUGUGGAGGUUCCUCCGGCGCAGACUCCCGCCAUCCCUCUGCAACCCGUCGAGGAGGCGUCGGCCCGGUCAUCCACAGAUGCCGAGGACGCACAGGUACCACCCACCCCUGCUGCCUCGGAGCCAUCUAUCGCCACUUCGACAGUGCCACUGGUAUCGCCAAAGCACAACAUGACUCCAGGACAGUGGGGCGUUGCGGCAACCAUGUGCUGGUUUGCUAUGACCUGCUUUUUCAUUCUCGGCGCCUGGGAGUCAAAUAUCCCAGUCUUCACAGCGUCGGAUGCCCCCGCGAACCCGUUCCACUUUUCGCCGUUUGCCUCGGGCAACAUGAUUGCACUCGGCGGCGCGUGUACCAUCCCAUUCCUCCUCAUCAACCUCCAUUUUGCCCGGCGUAUGCAAGAUCGAAACACCCUCGCGCUCGGCACUUCCGUUGGAGCGGUCGGACUGUUGGUCGCUAUCAGCAUUCUUGCAUCGGAAAAAGUCAACUAUGGCUCGUUCUUUGUCGCUUGGUUCCUCGUGGCCCUCGGCUUCAAUGUUGCUUCAACCGUGACUCUCGCUCUCUUGUCCAAGCAACUCCCCGGAGAGUGGAAUGGACGCAUCAGUCUCCUCAUCCAGUGCAGCAACUACACCGGACGCGUCACCGGGGCUGUGUGGGGCGGUGCUGGCGUGAAAGUGGGGAUGCUCGGCUACGUUGGGUUGCAACUUGGAUAUGUGGCUGUUGGCACUGUCCUGUUCAUGACUCUGUGGCAUAAUCUCAAGGCCAAAACAGGCUAG